AUGGUUCUCGUGCUCGUCGUGGGUGACACGUGGGUGCCGCAGCGGGCCAGUGGCGUCCCGGAGGUGUUUUGCAAGAUGUUCUCGCCUGGCCGCAUUCACAAGUUGUUGAUCACGGGUGGCGUCGGCAGCAAGGAAAUGUACGACUACUUGCGCACAAUUGCCCCAGAGGUGCACUGUGUGACGAGCAGCGUCGACCGGCAAUGGGCAGAUCACAUGCCCGAGAGCGUCGUACUGACGGUUGAAGGCCUCAAGCUCGGGCUCAUUCAUGGCCACCAAGUACCAGUGGGAGACAAGGACUCGCUCGCGGCCGUGCAGCGGGAGCUGGAUGUGGACGUGCUGGUGUCAGGCUCUACACACCAGUCGAAGUACUUCGAGUUUGAUUCCCACCUCUUUGUCAACCCAGGCUCUCUUAGCGGCGCGGACACAGAGUACGACGUGAACGUUGUGCCCUCCUUCAUGCUGUUGGACAUCCAAGACAAGUCGGUGGUCACCUUCAUUUACCAGUUUCACCCGGAGGACGAGACCGGCGGCGGCGGCACCGCUACCGAGGACUUGGCAGCGGCUGGGAUGGUGCCUGGCCUCAGGAUCAAGAAGAAGGAAUGGGCUAAGGAGUGA